AUGAUUAAAAUAAUUAAAAUGAGACCGGAGGUAGGUUUUGUGGGAUUGAUACUAUUUAUCAUACUUUUUAUGGACGAUUGCUCGGCUGGUAAAAAAAUUAUCAAGGUUCCUGAUGACUUCCGGUACAAGGAGGACCUUGAAACAGCUGCCACAGAACACAAAGAUGAAAGCAAACGAGAGGAGAAAGGAGGAGGGACGAAAUACCAAGAGGAUCACCACGAAGCCGACGAGGAGAAAGGCGACAAGGGCUACAAAGUAUUCCACGAGUUCGACAAGGGCGAAAAGGGCCACCACGAUAAAGAGAAUCACAAACAGAAGUACGACGAGAAAAAGGGUGAAGAAGAGAAGAAGCACGAGGAAGCGGAUCAUUACGACGAAAGUCAUCACGGCGAGGAGGGUGAGAAAGCGGCGAAAUUCGAGGAUGAAGGGAAACACCAAAAGGGUUACAGUACCAAAGGAGAGCACAGUAUUUUCAAAAAGGACGAAUACGAGAAGAAACACGAUUUUUACGACGAAUACCACGAGGACGGGGAAAACGAGAAGCAUGGAGGUUAUCACCAUGAACACGAGGGUAAGAAGGGUGGUCACGAGAAGAAGGGUCAUACGGAUUCCGCUAGUCGCGAGGAUCAUCACGGUAAAAAGAAGAAACACGAGGAGGGUCAUCAUCAUCGCAAUCAAAAGGGUCGCAAAGUGGAGGAAGGUCACGAUAGUCAUCAUCAGCAUGGAAAGAAAUACGGAAAGAAAGGUGGACACGAAUCGGGAAAGAAAUGGUUGGCUAGCAGUGGUCAUUGA